GGAUGCCUACCUAUUCCGGUGAAGAUACAAGAUAUUCAAAGCUAAGGGAGAAUACCAGAGUGAAGAGUAGACUCGCGGCCAACAGAGCAGAGUAGCGAAGACCAGACGGAGGGAGAGAUGAGAACGAUCUACCAGAGAACGAUGAAGAAGAUGAGAGGAAGAAAGAUGGUGAAGAACGGUGAAGGAGAGCCAGCAACGAAAAGGAAAAGGAGCAUGACCCAAAAAUUUGUACUAGGAAAAGGAAAAGGGAAAUGACUUCCGGAAUUUAAAGGGGAAGUCAAUUACGGAGGAUCAACCAAUCAACGGAACCUCGCCUCGCACUCGGGAUGAGAAUCCUUAAACUGGCGCUGUUUCUGCUGCUAUUGCGGACGUUCCCGGCGGCUCACCGGCAAGCCGUUGCUUCCGAGGAGUGCAACGGCGGCAUACCGUCGGUGGAAUGGCGGACCCUAACUAAACGCAACUAUUCCUCAGAGAUCCGUCUCCAUCCCCACCUUCUCCUACUCGUGACGGUCCCAUGGUGUGGAGAGUCUAGGUCUCUUAUGAAGGCGUUAGGUCAUGCAUUAACCAUUGAACCAUGCAAGUUUGGCUCCCUAAAGCUGAGGGUACUAUUUAGGAAUAAUGAGAAAAUGCUGGCCGAUGCUCUUGGUGCUAACAAUGGAAUUUCAGUUGUAUAUUAUCAUCAUUCUGUGUAUUACAAGUAUCGCGGGAGACUUAGAGCUCACAACAUAUUAUCAUCCAUCCAUUAUGUCAUGUCAUUAUUGCCGGAAGAACUUCCUCUGAAAGCUGUGAACACGCCAGAAGAGCUGAAAGAUUUCCUUGGUUCAACUGACAAAGCUUUACUUCUCUUUGAGUUCUGUGGAUGGACUCAUAAAGUGCUGGCAUCAAGAAAAAACAAUGGAACAGAUUACAGGUUUGGUUUGAAUGAAGAGUACCAUGGAGCAAGUGUUAUUGAGAGUAAAAUUCAGCAGGAGUCCACAAAUGAGAAGAUGGACUGCAAUAUUGAUGAUGAGAGUGGUUUCAUUCCCCACCUUAACAAGUUUUCUUUAGGAAAUGAAAGUGCUAUCUUGGAGGCUGAAAAUAUGUCACAUGAUGGAUCUUCUUGUGAAAUUAAGGAAUUUGUACAUUUUAAGUCUUUCUUAGAAAAAUCCGUAAUAGUUCCAAGAGAGUUUUUUCUUCCCCCAGAAAGGCUAAAAUUUGGUCUAGUUACCAACCGAUCACUUCUUUCCAUAAUAAAUAUUGAAGAUCCAGGAUCCUGGUUGAUGACACUGCAAGUUGCUGGAUGCCCAACUUGUUCACACGUUCUCAAAGAAGGCGAUGAUCUAAAAGCUGCUAUACAGACUCAAGCAUCACUCAUUACAGAGCUGGAAAAUGAUGCAGAUGAUGAUGGGCUAUCUCUUCCGGUGAAUAAGCCUUCAAUUCUCCUUUUUGUUGAUAGAUAUUCAGAUUUGCUAACUUUGAGAGAAGAUAGCAAGAAAGCUAUGGAUGCUUUUAGAGAGUUAGCUCUGCAGUAUCAUAAUUCUCAUCUCGAGACUGGAAAAGAUUAUAAAAUUUCAGAAAAGGCAUCUAUCAAAGCAAUUCAAGAAUUGAGUACUUCCAAACACCCUAGACGUGAUCUGUUUGAAGCAGCACAAAAGAUAAAUGUUAAUGACAAGAUGUCCAUUGUUAUAAUGAAUGAAGGGAGUCAUGUCUCUAUUGAAAACCUUGCUGAUAUUCAAGGCAGUUCUUUGCAUGAAAUAUUGACAUAUGUGCUUAAGCAGAAAAAGGAGCUGAAGUUAAGCAAAAUCGCUAAAGGUGCAGGAUUUGAACUCCUAUCAGAAGAUCUUAAUAUCAAAUCUGGAGUCACUUUUGCACAAGAGGAAGGUGAUCACUCUGACCAAGUGUAUGAAUCCCCUAAAGGCAUUGCACCUGCAGGUACUUAUGAUUCUGAGGCAGAACAUCAGUCUGAUCAACUUUCUAGGGGUAACCCCGAAGGUGUUAGAGAAGCUACAGGGGGAUUGGAUAGGAUUCAAGUGCCAGAAAAGGAAAAUACUUCUCAUGGAGAGAAUGUGGCACAACCAGAAUUCCCUGGUGCUGAAUCGUUUGAGCAAUCUAGUGACAAGAGUGUUAGUGAGCAUCCUCAUGUACAAGAAGCCGCUGACAGUUUAGUAAGUGGGAGGAUCUUUGGUCUUGAGAUAGAAGAGGAAAAUCAAGAGAAAAUGGUUAACAUGGAAAAUGUGCAAUCUUUGGUUGCACAGAGAGAAGAUCACUCCAAUAACCCCUCUGAGAGAGAUUCUAGAGGAGUUCAAGAAGCUACACUGGACUUAGAUAUGAUUCAAGUGCUAGAAAGGGAAAAUGUUGUGUAUGAAGAGCAUGUGGUACAGCCUGAACCCACUGCUCAUGAAUCAUUUGAGCAGCAUACUGACAAGAUUUUUAUUGAACAUUCACAUAUACAAGAAGCCACUGAUAGUUCUGGAGAUGGAAGGAUCUUUGAGAAAACUCUUGAAGUGGAUGAGAAAAAACAAGAGAGAAGCUUCGGAGGGUCCUUCUUCUUCUGUGAUGGUCAAUACAGAUUGCUUAGAACUCUAACCGGAGGGUCAAGUGUUCCAGCUGCAGUAAUUGUGGAUCCCAGUGUGCAACAACAUUAUGUUUUAGAUGAACAGUUGGUUUUCAACCAUUCUUUGCUAGCUGAAUUUCUUGGUAGAUUUAUUGAUGGGACUCUUCCUCCGUAUCAACAAUCUGAGCCUUUUGCUCCAAGUCCCAGAGUUGCCCCAAAUCCACCAUUUGUCAACAAAGAUUUUCAUGAAGCAAACUCCAUACCUCGAGUAACAGCAAAUAGCUUCACUGAGCUGGUUCUUGGAAACCAUUCUGACACUGUGAAUGGUAGUAUUUCUCAUAGUCAAGAUGUCUUAGUUCUCUUCAGCAAUAGUUGGUGUGGUUUUUGCCAGAGGAUGGAGUUGGUUGUUCGUGAAGUAUACCGCACAAUUCUGGGAUAUUCAAAUAUGCUUAGGACUGCGUCUGUUGAUGGUAAGAUGUGCAGUUCAUUGCUCAAGUAAUACAGUAAUAUAUCUAGAGACACUAACUAGGCAUACUGUUUGGCUCUUAUCUUAAGCGGUACUUUUUGAAAAAGGAUAGUUCAAGUUAUCUUUAUUGUCUUCAAGUGAACUGGGGAAAAAUAAAUAAGCACGGGAAGGUGUUCAAUUUUUUUGCUGAAUCAACAUAAACGCGGAUUACACUAGAACACACUUGAUUAAACAAUUCUUUAAGGCUUGCUUUUUUAUGAUCAAUCGUAGCGAAAAUACAAUUGCGGUUAUGAAUUGAAGGUGAUAUUUCUCAUUUUUAUACCUAAGAGAAAUCUGCAGUCUGUUGUUAAAGGACCUUGACUUUCAAAUUUUUGGAAAGUAGACACAAAUUUAAUUUCCAUGACUUGCAAAAUAAAUUUCUUAGGUUUUAUUAUAAGUGCAAUCAAUCCCUUUUGUGCCUAUAAAUAAAAUAUGACUUGUCAAGAAAAAAGUACUGAUAUG